ACUAUACCAAACACGUUUCCACCUGGAAACAAGUAUGCAGUUUCAGUUAGUUUCCACGCCAGCCGACUGGUAAACUUCCCUUGUUUACAUUAGCUUCUGCCUGUCUGAACUCUCAAGUCAAACGUCAUAGUUUCCAACGUCACCUUCAUAUCUCUAUUUCCCCCCCGAAACAGGCAAUAUUUUUUUUAAAAUAAAAAUAAAAAAUCGAUAUAAUAACUCGGACCGAAGACCAUUUCAAUGGGCCAUCUCCUUCUUCAGCAGUGGGUAAUACCCCAUAAUACAUACCCAGUUUCACUAAAACCCACACGCAACUCCAGCUACCGUCUCAUUAGGAAUCCAUGCCCGGGAAUCUCUAUCAAAUGGCCCCGCAAUCGGCGGCUGAAAAGGCCGUUUCAGUUAUCGGUUUCGGAUUCGACUUGUGCAGGGAUGUCAGGCUAUCCGCCUGCCUGCCUGGCCCUUCUGGCUCCAGAUUGAUCGAACUUGACUCAGCAGCGACUCGGGACCUGGUUUUUCCUGAUGGAGUUGUUGUAAAAGAUGUCCCCAAUUCGAUUAAAUAUGAUAAAGGCGAGCGUACCAGGUUUCGUUCUGAUGUUCUUUCUUUUAGUCAGAUGUCAGAGAAGUUCAAUCGGGAUCUAUCAUUAUCCGGCAAGAUUCCUUCCGGCUUAUUCAAUGCCAUGUUCGAGUUCAAAGGCUGCUGGCAGAAGGAUGCCUGUGCCGCAAAAGGUCUUGCCUAUGAUGGUUGGUUCUUAACACUGUACAAUGUUGAGUUGGAAAGAACAAACAUAACUUUGUCCGAGCGUGUGAAACAAGAGGUGCCUACUACAUGGGACCCUGCUGCCAUUGCUGAGUUCAUUGAAAAAUAUGGUACUCACGUUGUUGUUGGGGUUAAAAUGGGAGGUAAAGAUGUUAUACAUGUAAAACAAUUACAAAAUUCAAAUCUUCAGCCCAAUGAAGUGCAGAAAACUUUAAAGCAAUUAGCUGAUGAGAGAUUUUCAGAAAAUAUAGGAACUUCUCCAUUCUCGGAAAAACCAAAGGGAGAACAUUAUAUUCCCGGGCAACUUCAUCAAGGGGUGCUCGCUGGAUCAAUGAGGCCACCUGUUGUCACUUGCUCAAAGAAUAAUGACAUUAUGAAUAUCUAUAUUCGUAGGGGAGGCAUUGAUUUCGGUCAAAGUCAUAGCCAGUGGCUGUCAACAAUAUCGCAUUCACCGAAUGUGAUAUCAAUGUCCCUUGUGCCUAUUACUUCUCUACUGAGCUGUGCCCGGGGAAAUGGAUUUUUAAGCCAUGCAGUGAACUUGUACCUACGAUAUAAACCACCGAUAGAGGAACUCCAUGUAUUUCUCGAAUUUCAAAUACCUCGACAAUGGGCUCCCGUAUACAGUGAUCUGCCUCUUGGUCUCAAGCACAGAAAACAAUCAUCCCCAUCACUUCAGUUCACUUUUAUGGGGCCUAAGCUUUAUGUUAAUACUGCACGGGUUGAUACUGGAAAACGACCGGUGACAGGAAUACGCCUAUAUUUGGAGGGUAAGAAGAGUGACCAUCUAGCAAUCCAUCUCCAGCAUCUCUCAACCCUCCCUACAAUCCUCCCGCUCUCAGAUGAUCACAGCUAUGAGUCGAUCGAUGAGCCCGAACGUGGGUAUUUGGAACCUGUCAAGUGGAGCAUAUUCUCGCAUGUAUGCACUGCCCCUGUACACUACAACGGAACCCACUUUGAAUGUACUGCUCCUAUCGUGACCAAAGCUUGGUUCGAGGUGAAGGUUGUUGGGAUGAGGAAAGUUCUGUUCCUGAGGCUUGGGUUCUCCAUGGUGGCCUCUGCUAGGCUUCGUAGAUCAGAAUGGGAUGGACCCUCAACAUUGUCACGGAAAUCUGGAAUGUUCUCAAUGUUGAUCAGCACGAGGUUCAGUUCAGGACUGAAUCCAAAUGAGAAGCCGACCAAAGUGGACUUAAAUUCAGCAGUUUUUCCAGGUGGUCCACCUUCACCAACCAAAGCACCCAAAAUGACAAACUUCGUGGACACAAAGGAGAUAGUUAGAGGACCUCAGGAUACACCUGGAUAUUGGGUGGUAACUGGAGCCAAACUCUGUGUAGAAGGUGGCAGAAUUUCGAUCAAAGCUAAGUAUUCAUUGCUAACAGUUAUUUCAGAAGAAAGUCUGAUGUUGAUGUGAGAAAUUUUCGCAUUAUUUGUAUCGCUCUGUAAGUAAAUGUUAUCAUAUACUGUACAUCAUUUAUUUGAAUUAUUACCUUGAAUAAUGGAUAAAUAUAUCACUUGGCCAAAGGCCAUUCAUUCGACAAAUGAAUAUGAAUGCAGUGUUUUUCUUGGUACAGGACAGGAGCAGAGCACCCUCUAAAUGCUCAUAAUUGGACUUUGAUCUUAAAGCGACAGAUAACUGAUAAUUAUGUAAUAAAAUGAUGAUUGCUGAUUAUUAUUCAGAGGAGUAUUGGGUGUUGGAUUGUUUCAUAAUUCAUGCCAUACCCACUUCCAUAUUUCAAGAAUGAAAAAGUUGCAGUUAUUCGUAGAAACAAUAACGUUUAAUUAUUGAUGGAAAAUACCAUAAUUGAUUAUUUUCAUCAAUCAUGUAAAAAAGGAUUUGUAGUCAUUUUCAUUAGUUGUAUUUUAGAAAUAAAUAUUAAGACAAAUCCAUGGAAAGAAAAAUGGGUUCAAAGUCAAUCUUUUUAAAGUGGCAAAAACGCCAUCGUUUACUUGCCCAUCGAGAGAAAAGCAGGAAUGCUUCAAUUUCUGUUCUACUUCUAGGGCUACCCCAUUUCUCUUUCUCCCACAAGCUCUGAAAAAAGUAAGAAAAGCAGAGAAGAGAAGAGAAGAGAAGAGAAGAGAAGAGGUUUUGUCAAUUUGAAACAAUGGCGACGACAGGGCAGCCAAAACGACAAGGACAACAGCAGCAGCAGCAGCAACAACAAAAUAAAACGACGGAGAA